AUGGCAGAUGAAGAUCGAAUGGACAUAGAUGAAGUUAAAGAAUCAUCAUCGAAGAAACCUAGAUUUGAAGUCAAAAAAUGGACUGCUGUUGCCUUCUGGUCUUGGGAUAUUCAAAUUGAGAAUUGUGCUAUUUGCAGAAAUCAUUUAAUGGAGCCUUGUAUCGAAUGUCAACCAAAUUCAAUAGCAAAUGGUAAUGAAGAAUGUAUUGCUGCUUGGGGAAUGUGUAAUCACGCAUUUCAUUUACAUUGUAUUAAAAGAUGGUUAAAAACAAGAAACGCUUGUCCUUUAGAUAAUACAGAAUGGGUAUAUCAAAAAUUUGGAAAGUAA